CGCCGACAUUCAUGGGCCAAAUCGCCAACAAGUGGUCACAUGAUGCCAUCCUUUCAGAAACCAAUAAACUCCAACAACAAUACCCUGUGUACUGCUUAUACAAGAGCGUCCCGUACGUCGGCAUGGCGGCACCUUCCGACUCAACCAACUGCUACGACUACGCGGACAAGCUCUGGGACAUCAUCAGCAAAUAGAUGGAGGAGCCACGCCACACACAGAUUAUUUUUCAUUCUCUGUACCUACACUUCAGUAUGAAUUGUUAUCUAGCAUUUCUGUGCAGGAAAUCAUUGGGUCGGCGAAGGUGGAAGAGGUAUAAAAACUGGGAAGAGAGUUUGAGAGCGCAUGUUGCAUCUUUGGAGUUCUGCGGGUUGUUGCAUCUAUGGAGUUUUCGCGGGUUAGAAAAAAAGAAAGGGGGGAUCAGUUAAAUUCAAUCUUAUC